GUUGUGCACAACGUCAUUAAAUGGCGCCUUUGUUUUGCAAUCUCGCGGCUAGCAGCUAGCUCACCGGAGUACUGUGUACCGAAGUAUUUUAACGAAAUUAUAGAUGUCUAUUGACGUACUAUAUGUACAGUAAUCACCAGACGAGGAGUAGUUGAACUGUUCGCUGUCAGGCGAAUGUUUCUACCGAAUAGGGAGACCCAUGGAGUCUGCAGUGGAGAGUUCCCCCAUUGUUACAGAAAACAAAGGCAUCACACUGCCUGAAGUGGAGAGUGCGUCCAUUGUUUCAGAAAGAGAGAAACCUAUUCUCUCUGCAGUAGAGACAGUGGAGAGUCCCUCAACCAUUUCAGAAAACAAGGAACUCACACCUUCAGCAGUGAAGGACAAGGAUGUCUCCAUAGUUUCAGAAUGCAAGAAAACUACCCCUUGUGCAGUGGAGACUAACGACAAUGAGGAUAUCACCAUUGUUUCAGAAAGCAAGAAACCCACGAAAGCACCGUCAGCAGUGGAGAAUGCCUCUAUCAUUUCAGAAAGUUCGUCACAUGAGGGCCAUCGCCUGUGGAUCGGUAACAUCGAUCCCAAAAUCACAGAGUACCACCUGGUGAAGCUGCUGGAGAGGUUUGGGAAGGUGAAACAGUUUGACUUCCUGUUCCACAAGUCUGGACCAAUGGAGGACCAGCCCUGAGGAUACUGCUUCGUUAACUUCCACACCAAAGAGGAAGCAGAGUGGGCGAUCCAUUGUCUGAAUGGGAAGCUGGCCCUCUCCAAGAAGCUGGUGGUGCGCUGGGUACACGCACAGGUAAAGGCUCACAUUGCAUCAGUCACGUGGGUGAAGUUGAGGGGUGGUUUUGAGAGGAAUUAAUACACAGUUCUAUUGCUGUGCCUUUCAGCUUCCCCACAAUGCCUGUGGAUUUGACCAAAAACAGCACCAGACAAACAGUGACACGCUACCUGCCUGGUCCAUGGUGCGACUGAGCUAAACGGGCUCCACUCUGGUUACCUGGUCCAACCAUGGUGCGACAGUAAGCUAGCCCACCUCGAAGCUCUGCUCCCUAUCUCUGUGGUUACCAGUUCAGGCUCUGCUCUGCUCAGCAGCUAUGUCAUGUGGGAGGAAGUUGCAGUUCAUUCUCUAAAACCUCUCCUCAUAUCUCAGAACUCAUAUCUCAUACUUGGCUCAUCGCGCUCUAGCGACUCCUUGUUGCGGGCCGGGGGCCUGCAGGCUGACUUUGGUCGUCAGUUGGACUGUAUUUUCUCCAACACAUUGGUGCAGCUGGCUUCCGGGUUAAGCGGGCGGGUGUUAAGAGGCAUAGUUUGCGGGGCAUGUUUCGGAGGACGCAUAUGACUCGACCUUCGCCUCUCCCAAGCCCGUUGGGGAGUGAUGAAACAAGAUCGUAAUUGGAUCGCAAUUGAAUAUCACCAAAUUGUGGAGAAAAUGGAGGUAAAAUACAAAAAAAACAUCAUUUUACAAAAGAUAAACAUUUCGGUUUAGUAUUUUAAUUGCUUGACAAGGAAGUCCCUUUUGAAAGGAGCUGUUAUAAAAACAAAUGGCCUCUUAUCUCUAAUUCAUACUAUUAGUGUUAUUACUGAAACAACCAUGUCUAAGAUUGACUUUUAGGAAGAGUCCUUAGGAAUGUAUUUUACUGUAAACUUCAAAAAUACACUUACCAACCAUAGACCUGUCAGUGUGGAGGAAGUGAUGAAAGAUAAACAAAGUUUCCUUUUUCCCCCUCCUCCCCCCACACUCUCUAGUUUGCUUCCCCACUCACUCACUCUCCUCACAGUCACGCUCUCCCUCUCUCUAUUAACGCUCUCCAUCUCAGUGACUCUCUCGCUCUCUCUAUAACGCUCUCCUUCUCACAGUCACUCUCCCUCUCUCUAUACUCUCUCUAUAACUCUCUCCUUCUCAGUCACUCUCUCUUCUCUCUAUAACUCUCUCCUUCUGUCACUCUCUCCCUUUCUGAAUAACGCUCUCCUCACAGUCACUAUUGCCUCUCUAUAACGCUCCCCUUUUCAGUCACUCUCUCCCUCUCUAUAACGCUCUCCUUUUCAGUCACUCUCUCCCUCUCUCUAACGCUCUCCUUUUCAGUCACUCUCUCCCUCUCUCUAACUCUCUCCUUCUCAGUCACUCUCUCCUUGUCUCUAACUUUCUCCUCAUAGUCACUCUCUCCUUCUCAGUUACUCUCUCCCUCUCUAUAUAACGCUCUCCUUCUCAGUCACUCUCUCCCUCCCUCUACAG